AAAUAUUUCCUUAUAAUUAGUAAAACUAAAAUGGUACAUUUCGUUCCACAUCGAUGGAGAUUUUGUUGCAUUUUUAUUUCACUUUCAUACUAUUAGCUUUGGAUAUUGGAUACACAUUUAUCAGUGGUAAUUCCAAUGUUACAGAAAAGACAACUGAUAUAUACAAUAAUGCACAGUUGAACUUCUUCACCACUGUUGGUGGAGCUGCACUGUCUUUGGUUUGUGUGUUUUUACUGGUUGCAGUAUCAUGUCAUCUAGCAAAUGUGAAAACGAGAUUAAGAACGUUGGAAAACCAAUUAGCUAAAAGCAAAAAUGAAAGACAAAAGCAGUCCAUACUCAGUCCUCAACCAUCAAUCAUAUCAAAUGCACCAGAAGAUGUCGAAGAUAUACCUCGUGUAUCAAGACGUUCGGAAUAUAUCCGUGUGAUAAGAAAUUUUAAGGAUUUGAGGGAUCGGGCAUCAAGAAUAUUUCCAUUUUUUAAUACUCCACGUAGCAGUGCAGAUACAUUCGACUUAUCGAAACAAGACGACCCUAUUUACGAUGACAUAUCGCAAUAUCGUCCAAAAGGGCAGACACCCGAAAACCAGACACACUGGUGUUGUUGUUGUUGUCGUAUCUUGCCUAAUAAUUAUGUAAAAGCAAACACAUUAGAUGCAAAAUCGCCGGAAAUGAAUCAUGAUGCACAUCAAGACACACAUGAAAUAAUAGAUAGCCAAUCUGCAAAAGAAAAAGUAAAUAUAGAAGCAGAAAUACACCACGAUAACAGCGAUACAUUAACAAGGAAAAAAGAUAAAAGCGAUACAUUAAAAAAGAAAAAAAAGAUGCAAAAAGAACAAGAAUCUGGCAAUCAUAUUGAGGUCAAACACGUAGAUUUUGAUAUACGAGAAAUAUGCAUUCAGCCGACCACCACAGAUGAGGUUACAAUAGGAGUAACACAGAAACCAGUCAAGCAAGUAAACAAAGAACAGCAACUCGUGUCGUUCGGGAAAACAGCUAUAAUACCUUACACAGGACAACAGAAACCUAGACUUGAGCCAAGGACAGUCGACCCACUUUCGGUACAAGGAAAAUGCAAUACUUUUUCAAGUCAUGGAACAAAGAAAGUUCAAGGGAUCAAACUUCCUUUUCCAUUCCCAAUUAAACAAGCAAAAUCUUUACCUGCAUUGAACGAAGAACCAAUAGAUGAGUUUACAGGAACGUCAUCGGAGGAUGAGAAGGAAAGAGAUCCAAGUUAUAUUGAUAUGGGAGAUACCUUAAUUACGAAUCAAUGACCAUUUCUUACACUUACUAGUAGUAUAAGAAGAAAACAAUCAUAACUUGAUUAUACAGGACCAAAUCAUAUCACAUAUACUAGUAUUUAUACUUCAUAUCAUGGUGGACGAAUACCAUAAUUUACGUUGUUCUAUAGUCAUAUAUUUAGUUUUUGAUACUGUUGUAUUUAAGAAAUAAUUGAUGCAAUCUAUACCUUUAUUGUAGUUUUAACAUGGUAGGAAUUAUAUUCCUGAUUAUUUUUGCCCGAGCGAUGUUGAGGGCUAAUAUAACACGAAUAUAAUGCCUAUAAUGAGGUAGGAGUUUGAACAGCCUGCAAAAACGGUUGUCGUAUUUAGGUCAAAUAUGUCAAUUUCGGAAUGCAACACAUUACAGUCAUCAUAAAUGAAUAAGUAACAUCAUGUGCACCAUUUAAGAGUUUGAAAGUGCUUUAAAGUUAAAAGUGCAUCGGUUUGUUCACAACGCGAAAGAAGCACGUCAUACUAGAAUGCCGAAUAACUGAUAUAGAUGUUUUUAUUAAAACGACAUACCCUUUUCGCAUACUUUGUAGGUUAUAUCGCGUAUGGCAUACCAAGUGUAAUACCCUUGUUUUUUUAACAUUUUCUAUUACUGUCGUGUUUAAACAUAUGAUAAUGUCAAAUAAAUACAUGGUAUUCUAUAUUGCAUGCUUUAUCCCCCAUCGAUGGAUAAAAUGUUUUAGCCCUCUGGUUAUUAUUGAUAUCCUGGAUUGAUAUAAAAGAUUUAAAUUGUGUUUUAUAUCAUUUUCUAUGCAAUACAUGGAAGUACUACAAUGUAGUAUAAAAGAUCAAAUGUUUAAUUUUACAUAAUGUUUCCUCAUCAUCACGAGAAAUUCUUGCUAAAACGAGAAUAAUAAAAGGAUGUUUAACCUUCAUCUGUGUAUCACUUCCGGCGCAUAAAUUCUUUAUUUCAUAGUGAAAUGUUUUAAUAGUUGUCAAGUCAAGUCAAGUCAAGUUUUAUUGUAAAAUCGGUCAGAAUUUGCAAUCAGUUGCUAGGUUUGGUUUUACUGUGAUUAUCCAUUUAAUUGAAUAACAGCGAGUCAAAAACAAUAAAAACAAGUAACAUUCCUUGUGAUUUUAAGGUCAUUAGCUGCUAUAAUUUCAAAAGGGAUUCGUUCAGUAAGACCCCUUUUUGGCCCCAAAAUGUAGCAGUUUUAUAAAAUUGUGAAAAUGUAAUCUUUUAGCUAUUUAUUGGAUGGUUGAAUGCUUCUGCUACAUAAAUAUGGGCUGUUUUUUUACAUUACAAGUCAUACUAUGAAUUAUUCACAAUUUUAGCAUUUUAGAUAAAAUUUUGACGGUUUCCGUAAAUUAAUGUGGCCACAUUCGUGUUCAUUCAUAAUAUUGAAAUGAAAGUUGUAUUUGAUGAUAAUACAUAACAUAUAUAAUAAAAUCAACGGUACCAAUUUUGUUGCACCAGAUGCGCAUUUCGACAAAACAUGUCUCUUCAGUGAUGCUCGUUGCCAAAAUAUUUGAAAUCCAAAAAUUAUAUAAAGGAUGAAGAGCUAUAAUCCAAAAGGUCCAAAAAGUUUAGUCAAAUUCUAGAAAGGAACCAGAGCUUUGCAUGAGGGAGAUACAUUCCUUAAUUUAUAAUAAUGUUAAGGAUGAACAUAGCAUUUUUGACAAAAACCAUCUGAAAAGUGACGGGUUUUUUUUGCAUAUUUAAAAGAUUUUUCAUAUUUAAGCUUGAAUCGGAGCGUUUUUAAUGACUAAAUCAGUUAACAUCUUUCAUAUAAACUAAUUGAAUCAACUGAAAUAGACACUUAAGUGUUUAAAAAGUGCCCAAAAUAUUUCGUUAGAUGAACCUGAAAUUUGAGGCCAAAAUCGGCCCUUACCGGACCUACUCCUUUGAUUGAACAUGUAAAAACGUAUAAAAGUAAUAAACGUUCUUGAAAAUGUUUGAAAUCAAGAAAGCAGCUUUUAAUAAGUUCAAUAUUUAUAAUAUAUAUGUAGCUAAUGGUCAUUUCUUCAAGGUAAAAAUAAAUUAUUAUUUAUGUUCUUAUAUAUUAUACAUUCUUCGCCUUAUGAAUAUUCAGCGUUGAGCA